CGUAGGCUGCGCAUCCUCCCUGGGGUCUGACCAGCCAGGGCGCAGCGCUUCCUCUCCCAGACUAGCUCCGGAAUCCGACGCGCCACCCACGCCCCUGACAGAAGCGGAAGGGCAGCUCUUCCGGGUUCGCUGAUUCCGGAAGCUGCCGCUCUUCGCUUUCCGGCACCUUAGUCACCAUGGCGCUGGCGGUCCUGCGGGUCUUGGAGCCAUUCCCCACCGAGAUACCCCCGCUGGCGGUGCUGCUGCCGCCCGGGGGCCCGUGGCCCGCAGCGGGGCUGGGCCUGGUGCUGGCGCUGCGGCCUGCGAGCGAGAGCCCGGCGGGGCCGGCGUUGCUGGUGGCGGCCGUGGAAGGGCCGGAUGUUAGCAGCGAGGAGCGCGGCCCAGGGCCUCCGCCGCUGCUGGUGAGCCGCGUGCUGCUGCGGCUGCUGGCUCUGGGCUCCGGGGCGCGCGUGCGCGCGCGACCCGUGCGGAGGCCUCCGGCGCUGGGCUGGGCGCUGCUCGGCACCGCUCCGGUACCCGGGCUGGGCCCACGAGUCGGGCCGCUGCUGGUGCGGCGCGGAGAGACCCUGUCAGUGCCCGGCCCGCGCGUGCUGGAGACGCGGCCAGCGUUGCAAGGGCUGCUGGGCCCGGGGACUCGGCUGGCUGUCACUGAGCUCCGCGGGCGGCCCAGACUGUGUCCCGAGAGUGGGGACAGCAGCCGGCCCCCGCCCCCGCCUUUGGUGUCCUCCUUCGCCAUCCACCACCGGGUCCGGCGACUCCAGGGAGUUAUGGGAGGGGCUGGAGAGGAUACACUGGGGGUGAGCCGGAGCUGUCUCCGUGGUCUCGGCCUUUUCCAGGGGGAAUGGGUAUGGGUGGCCCGGGCCGGAGAGGUACCAAACACCUCCCAGCCGCACUUGGCCAAGGUACAGGUCCUAGAACCUCGCUGGGACCUGCCCGAGAGACUGGGACCCAGCUCUGGGCAGCUGGGAGAACCCCUCGCUGAUGGACUGGCGCUCGUGUCUGCCACUCUGGCUUUUAAUCUCGGCUGUGACCCCCUGGAAGUGGGAGAGCUCAGAAUUCAGAGGUAUUUGGAAGGCUCCGGCACCCCUGAAGACAGACGAAGCUGUUCAUUGCUGCCUGGGCCUCCAUUUGCCAGAGAGUUACACAUCAAGAUUGUGUCCUCUCCUCACUACAGCACUAGUGGAAACUAUGACCAUGUUCUUUACCAGCACUUUCAGACACCCAGGGUGGUCCAGGAAGGGGAUGUUCUGUGUGUGCCAACGGCUGGGCAAGUUGAGAUCCUGGAAGGAAGCCCGGAGAAAAUGCCCAGGUGGCGGGAGAUAUUUUUUAAAGUGAAGAAAACCGUUGGGGAAGCCCCAGACAGGCCAGCCAGGGCCUACCUGGCUGACACCACCCAUACCUCCUUAUACAUGGUGGGUUCUAUCCUGAGUGCCAUUCCAAUGCUGCCAUCUGGACGGUCCACUCCCUGGAACAGCUUGUCUCCUCCGGGCCUGGAGUCUGUGGUGACUGAGCUCUGUGCUGUCCUGAAGCCUCGCCUGCAGCCUGGAGGAGCCCUGCUGACAGGAACAAGCUGUGUGCUUCUCCGGGGUCCCCCAGGCAGUGGGAAGACCACAGCAGUCACUGCUGCCUGUAGUCGCCUGGGGCUCCAUUUGCUGAAGGUCCCCUGUUCCAGCCUGUGUGCAGACAGUAGUGGGGCCAUAGAGACAAAGCUGCAGGCUACCUUCUCCCGGGCUCGCCGCUGCCGGCCUGCAGUCCUGUUACUGACAGCUGUGGACCUUCUGGGCUGGGUCCGUGAUGGACUGGGUGAGGAUGCCCGUGUAGUGGCCACACUGCAUCACCUCCUCCUUGAUGAGGACUCCCUCAGCAGCUGCCCUCCCCUGAUGGUUGUGGCCACCACAAGCCGGGUCCAGGACCUGCCUACCGAUGUGCAGACAGCAUUUCCUCAUGAACUGGAGGUGCCAGUGCUGUCAGAGGGCCAGCGGCUCAGUGUUCUGCAGGCCCUUACUGCCCACCUUCCCCUGGGCCAGGAGGUGAACCUGCUACAGCUGGCACGACGCUGUGCGGGCUUUGUGGUAGGGGACCUCUAUGCCCUUCUGACCCACACCAGCCGGGCAGCCUGCACCAGGAUCAAAAACUCAGGCUUGGCAGGUGGCUUGAGCGAGGAGGAUGAGGGGGAGCUGUGUGCUGCUGGCUUUCCCCUACUGGCUGAGGACUUCGGGCAUGCACUAGAUCAACUGCAGUCAGCUCACUCCCAGGCCAUGGGCGCACCCAGGAUCCCUUCAGUGUCUUGGCAUGAUGUAGGUGGGCUGCAGGAGGUGAAGAAGGCAAUUCUGGAGACCAUCCAGCUCCCUCUGGAGCAUCCUGAACUGCUGAGUCUGGGCCUGAGACGCUCAGGCCUUCUGCUCCACGGGCCCCCAGGCACUGGCAAGACUCUCCUAGCCAAGGCAGUAGCCACUGAGUGCAGCCUUACCUUCCUCAGUGUGAAGGGGCCAGAGCUCAUCAACAUGUAUGUGGGUCAAAGUGAGGAGAAUGUUCGGGAAGUGUUUGGUAGGGCCAGGGCCGCUGCUCCAUGCAUCAUCUUCUUUGAUGAACUAGAUUCCUUGGCUCCAAGCCGGGGGCGAAGUGGAGAUUCUGGAGGCGUGAUGGACAGAGUGGUGUCUCAGCUCCUGGCUGAGCUGGAUGGGCUUCACAGCACUCAGGAUGUAUUUGUGAUUGGAGCCACCAACAGACCAGAUCUCCUGGAUCCUGCCCUUCUGCGGCCUGGCAGAUUCGACAAGCUGGUGUUUGUGGGGGCAAGCGAGGACCGGGCCUCCCAGCUUCGUGUUCUAAGUGCCAUCACACGCAAAUUCAAGCUAGAGCCCUCGGUGAGCCUGGUGAAUGUGCUAGAUUGCUGCCCACCCCAGUUGACGGGUGCGGACCUCUAUUCACUCUGUUCUGAUGCCAUGACAACUGCUCUCAAACGCAGGGUUCGAGACCUAGAGGAAGGGCGGGAGCUGGGGAACUCAGCACUGCUGCUCACCAUGGAGGACCUGCUACAGGCUGCUGCCCGCCUGCAGCCCUCAGUCAGCGAGCAGGAGCUGCUCCGCUACAAGCACAUCCAGCGCAAGUUUGCCUCCUGCUAGGAGCUGCCUGCCAGCAGCACCUGCCCACGUCACUGAAGUUUCCCUGAUGGCCCCUCAGAGACGUGAGAGGAAAGACUGCUGUCACCUCACCUGAAGGCUGCCUCCCUCCUGCCCUUGGGUGCAGAGUGGCCUUGUGAGCCCUAGUGGGAGCUCCUAGCUGGCUUUAAGACUGAGGCCUAUUUACUCGAGCUUGUGGGCCUUGAGGUACCAGUUCUGUGACAGAAAAUAAAGCCUAUGCUACCACCUGC